AAAACCAAUGCGAAAAGUGGGAAGGAAGAGAAGACAGCUGGACUAGUUGGGAAAUAGAGUGUGCUCUCUCCUUGAGCAAGGAACCGGGAAGCGAACAGGAUAUCGUCUACCUGGAAAGCCAGUGAGAAGCAGCAAGAGAGAGAGAGACAGAUCAGCACACUCACACAGGCACUCUUCCCUGCACAUGCAUGCAGUUUUGGCGUUCAUGUAUGCGUGCAGGUAGCGUCCGUGUGAUUGGAAACCAUUGUUUUGCCUGCCGGGGAAUUGGAAAGGAAAGGAAAGGAGGCAAAGGAAUCGGUGGAAAACGAAAAACCACCCCUGGAAUGCAACCGCUUUUCGCAUUGUGCCGCCAAUUUUCAGUUGACGCAGAUCCUUUGAGGAUUCAACAUGGAUAAUCAAUACCAGCGCAUUGUCAACGCCAAUCCUCGCGGGGAUUCCCAGUUCCAGAGGAGCAGGCCUUUGGUGCUAAAUGCCUGGUCGCAGACUUCUAGCGAGGAUUUCGAUCUGCUACGCAGCAUCUCCACUCCAGAUCCCCAGGUGGAGGCCGAGAACAGGGCGCUCCGAGACAAGGUUCGCUAUUUGGAGGCCAAGCUGCAGCAGCACACGGACUUGCUAUCCCAGAUUCAUGCCACUUCCGCCAGGAUGCAGCAGGCAUCCUCCUUGCUGGCGGACAGAGGACCACCCACUCCGCCUACCGUCCAGAGCCACCAGAUCCUCACUCCCCCCAGUUCGGUGAUAUGUGCUCCCGUUCAAAAUACCCAGAUUCUGGACUACAAGAUCAUCUCGGCACCCGAUGAUGCGGAUGCCAUUGAGAUUCGCCUCGCUGCGGAGAGUCUCAACAGCCUGAGCACCUCGGCGGACUCGGAUCGCCUGGAGAUUUGCCUGGGCGAUGAGAAUCAGCAGCAGCAGCAGCAGAAUCAUCAUCAGCAGUACAUAAUCAGCGGUGGGAUUAAAAUCGAGGAUGAAGAAUCCUCCGGCACUCCCUUGCACUUCAUCAAACGACGCAAGUUGCAGGAGAUUCAGUUACCCGAAGAUGUCCCGCGGCAGAACAUUAAAUUACCAGCCAAAUCACAAGUCAAAAUCCGCAAUGGCAGUCUCACCGAUCUCAGCAAGAAUCAGCAACAAAACAUGGACAACGUGAUGGUGUCCAUUGGCCCCAACAACACCUGUGUGCCCGCCAGUGUGUUCGAGAACAUCAACUGGUCGGUUUCCUCGUUGGCCACCCGGAAACUGCUGGUCUCCAUCUUCGAUAGGGAAACCCUGGCCACCCACUCGAUGACGGGGAAGCCAUCGCCCGCCUUUAAGGAUCAGGACAAGCCACUCAAGCGCAUGCUCGAUCCGCAGAAGAUCCAGGACAUCAUCUUUGCUGUGACGCACAAGUGCAAUGCCAGCGAAAAGGAGGUGCGCAAUGCCAUUACCACUAAGUGCGCCGAUGAGAACAAGAUGAUGAAGAUCCAGAACGUCAAGCGACGCAGCAGUGGCAUCAAACGCGAAAAGGAGAACAUCAUUCUAGGUCCAUGAAAUAGUAUUAUUAGAGCUAAAUAUUGUAGACUAGCACCAAAAAAGCAGGCGGUUAAUGCCGCUCAAACUCUCACAGAUUAUGAAUACAGCCCAUAGAUAUAGAACCUA